CUUCAUCCAGCCCAGCAUUUUGCAGUCAAUGUAACAACUGAAAUGAAGUCUGUAGAAAUGCACCGUGAAGCACUGAGUGAAGCCCUUCCUGGGGACAGUGUGGGCUUCAGUGUCAAGAACAUGUCUGUCAAAGAUGUUUGUUGUGUCAGUGUGGCUGGUGACAGCAAAAAUGACCCACCAAUGGAAGCAGCUGGCUUCACAGCUCAGGUGAUUAUUUUGAACCAUCCAGGCCAGAUCAGUGCUGGAUAUGCACCUCUUCUGGAUUGUCACACAGCUCACGUUGCUUGCAAGUUUGCUGAGCUGAAGAAGAAGACUGAUUGUCAUUCUGGGAAAAAGCUGCAAGAUGGCCCUAAAUUCUUGAAAUCUGGUGAUGCUGUCAUUGUUCAUAUGGUUUCUGGCAAGCCCGUGUGUGUUGAGAGCUUCUCUGGCUAUCCCCCCCCGGGCCGUUUUUAUGUGUGUGACAUGAGACAGACUGUCACUGUGGGUGUCAUCAAAGCAGUGGACAAGAAGGCAGAUGGAACUGGUAAGGUCACCAAGUCUGCCAGAAAGCUCAGAAGGCUAAAUGAAUAUUAUCCCCCAAAUCUGCCACCCCAGUCUUAAACAGUGGUGGAAGAACAGUCUCAGAACUGUUGGUCUCAAUUGGCCAUUUAAGUUUAAUAGUAAAAGACUGGCUAAUGAUAAAAAUGCAUUAUAAAACCUUCAGAAGGAAAGGAGAAUGUUUUUUGACCAUAUAUUUUGUGUGUGGCAGUUUUAAGUUAUUAGUUUUUAAAAUCAGUACUUUUUAAUGAAAACAAGUUGACCAAAAGUCUGUCA